CACCGUCAAAUUUACGGAGGGCUGGUCAACGUCAGGUGCUUCCAAUAGACCUCGGCAGCGCAGCGGGCGUAUGAGGCAUAUCGCUAUUGGAAGUACCAUCAUCCCUUGUACGAGCCUCUUGGCGGGAGCCCUGAGAUGGAACGAGAGGCGAUGAUCGCUAUGACCGUUGCGGAAGCCACCCAUCUAUGGCAGUACACUGGGCGGUUCUUUGACCAGAUCGGCCUAAGAGAAGCCUCGAAAGUCGCAGCGGCAACUGCUGAGCGUAUCGCAGACAGGGUUCUUGAUAUUGGCAGCUACUACGGAGAAACCAGAUCCUAUCAUUCGUGGAGGUCGGAGGUGUCUCUUGCGAACCCCUACAUCAGCGGUGCGGGCAUGAUAUCACCAUACAGUGGUGCAUCACCACUUCCUGGAAGCUAUGGAGUAGUGCCAGGAUCAUACUAUGCACCAGUAGCCGUGUACGGAGGAUACGCAGCAUACCCGUCGGCCGCCGUUUACCCCGCCGCCGGCUCAUACUCCGCAUUUCCUGGCGCAUAUACUGCCACUGUCUACGCAAUGAAUGGCAUCAUUCCGCAAUAUUACGGCACCGGAUACAUGCAUGGAAGGUACUACGGUGCUGAGUACCCAGCAACUGCAGGGUCAACCAUAAUACUCAGGCAACCGGGCCAUCAUCAUCAUCAUUACUAUCAUCGGCCUCACAGCGCGGUUGGAUUUUGAGCGCCACGGCCAUCAGAAAGAACGUGUGCGAAUUGAGUGGAGGCACAAUUUGUGUAGCAUGCAAGGCACCUCAUGAUUCCCUGGAAAGUUUGUUUCGCCAUCUUCUUUACUU